AUGCCUCAUCGACCUUCAACAAACAGUAAUGAAAUUCGGAUCCUCGUUCGAAAUCAGUACCAGUGUCUCCUGCCAAGUAAAACUUCACUUUACGUACAUGAAAGAAUCGAAAAAACUGAUGGAGCACAAGUGACAAACACAUCGUUCGUUUCUAAUGCCAUCUGUUAUUUGUUUGAAGAAGCAAUAUAUGAAACCAAUUCAAUAGAAAUUGAUAGAAAUGAAAAUGUUGGUCUGACUAGUCUCAUGAAUAAUUACCUAUCUCUAAAGCCAGGGCAAUCAUGUUACAUACAGAAUAUUGGUUGGAUUGAUCUAAAUAAUAACAAUCAAUCACUAAGAAACGUCACUGGCUACUUUGAUGUUGCCAUACCUCUUAGUAUGAUAUUUGGUUUUGCUGAAGAUUAUCACAAAAUCAUUUUCAAUACUAAAAAUGAACACAUUUUGACAAGUUCACAAAGUGAUGCAAAUGCUAUCUUGCAAACAGCCUUUCUUGAUCAGUAUAAAAUUGAGAUCAAUAAAAUAGAGUGGCUAUUGCCUAACGUUAGACUGUCUGAUUCACGAAAACUUCAGUUGCAAAAAUAUAUUGAAAAAGAUCUACCUAUUCCAAUAAGUUUUUGA